CGCAGUUGGAUAGGCAGUGCGCAGGCAACAGCUGAAAUGAACAGUGAGCGGUGUAGUGCGUGUAUGCCUCUGGAUCUAAUAUCAACUACCUGUCCUUGUCACUCUGAUAGUCAGCCGAGGUAGCCGCUGAUUUCCAUCGAUGCUAUGGCAAAACUCGAUGGCCUAUUUUAAAACAUUUUCCAGAUUAAACAGAAAGAGGGCUUUGUCUCAACCGCAAGAGGGACCGAGCUGUCGUGCGUUUUUUGGAGAGCUGAACACAUUCCGCAGUCGGACUUUACACAUAUCCUUCCUGCACUAGAGGCUGUGCGAUCUUUCACCGAUGAACUCUAUGAGGGAUCCAUUAAACAUAGACCACCAUCACCUAACAGGGAGUAAACUUGCCUCCACACACCACACGGCUCUGGCGAUGGCUUCUAGUUUGCAGCCGCUGCAGCGCUCUGUGGACUCUAAACACCGGUUAGAGGUGCACACUGUGUCGGACACAUCAAGCCCGGAGUCUGUCGAAAAAGAGAAGAUUCAGAAUAAAAACGACGACUCCUCGGAUGAUCCCUCCAAAAAGAAGAGGCAGCGGCGGCAGAGGACUCACUUCACCAGCCAGCAGCUGCAGGAACUGGAGGCCACUUUCCAGCGGAAUCGCUAUCCGGACAUGAGCACAAGGGAGGAGAUAGCCGUGUGGACCAACCUCACAGAGGCCCGAGUCAGGGUUUGGUUUAAGAACCGGCGAGCCAAGUGGAGGAAACGGGAAAGAAACCAGCAAGCCGAGCUUUGCAAAAACGGCUUCGGUCCGCAGUUCAAUGGACUCAUGCAGCCCUACGACGACAUGUACCCCAGCUACACGUACAACAACUGGGCCGCCAAGGGGCUCACAUCCGCCUCUUUAUCCACCAAAAGCUUCCCCUUCUUCAACUCCAUGAAUGUCAACCCCUUAUCCUCGCAGACCAUGUUCUCGCCGCCAAACUCCAUAUCCUCCAUGACUUCCAGCAUGGUACCAUCGGCGGUCACCGGUGUGCCCGGCUCCAGCCUCAACAGCCUCAAUAACUUGAACAACCUCAGCAACCCGUCUCUCAACUCGGGGGUGCCCACGCCGGCGUGUCCCUACGCGCCUCCGACUCCUCCUUAUGUGUACAGGGACACUUGUAACUCCAGCCUGGCCAGCCUGAGACUGAAAGCCAAGCAGCACUCGAGUUUUGGAUACGCCAGUGUGCAGAAUCCGGCCACUAAUCUGAGCGCCUGCCAAUACGCCGUGGACAGACCCGUCUAAUACCUACCUGCACUGCAAAAAAUAACCAUCAUAUCAAGAUGUUAGAGGCUAGCAGUGAUUCUUGAAGUGAUAUUUUUCCUCUAAUCGGAGUUAAAGAAAUUUGGCGUUGAGAUCUUUUGAAUCGUUUGAACGCGUUUCAGAACAUUUAUUGGCCACAUGGCAGUUUCUUGAUAUUAGAUGGCCAUUAUUCCGACUUCUACCUUGAGACACAGCCAACUGUUUCAUAAAAAAUAAUCUCAAAUAUAUCAAGAAACACGUGAGACCGUCCUAACCCAAACUGUUAGUGUGUUAGUUUUCAUUUAUUCUAGGGCAAAAAUGUGAUUUUGAGGGUGAUUACACCAAAAUGGCUUGCCAUGGUGGUCAUUUUUUGCAGUGUGUGGGUAAUCAGAAACAGCCGGCCACAGGAACAAGAGACUACUACAACUACUUUUUCAUUUUUUUUUUCUUUUUUUCAAAAAGGGCACUAGAAGACUGAACCACUGAAACAAAGCUCAGCUCCAAGCCGGAGUCAAACUGAAACGGGAGUUUUUAGGUUUAUUCCCCUUUGAUGAUGAGUCCGGGCCUGCUUCACCCUGCGCCUCAGCUGAAGGCCUGAUUCCCUUUCAUCGUCACGAGGGUUUACUUUUCUGGUGGAUUUUUGGACGUUGAUUGUUGACUGAAAAAAAAAAGGUUGUAUAUAUAUAUUUGAAUCAUCAUCUCCUGUUUGUCGAGGCGAAUGCGCUAUAACCCUCCAGUCUUCUCAAGGUUCAAUUUAUCAACGCAUGUGGAAGAAAAAAAAAACCCUAAAAAGGAAUCAUGUUUUGCUUGCAAACAAAAGGGAAUGUACAUACUAAAACGCACCAGUUGUGUGUUUCUAACAUAUUAUAAAUUUAUUAUUAAUGUCUGUGUGAAUAUCGAUUUAGAAUAGCAAUUCUGGAUUUAAAAAAAAAAAAGGAAAAAAAGACGCAUCAAAAAUGUUCCUGCGACAAAUUAUUUGGUUUUUGCUCUGUGUAUACUAUUUGGUACGGAAUUAUGUUUUUUUUUCCAACAUCCAAAAAAACUAUUGUGUUUUAUUUAAUGGAAGUAAAUAUAUUGUUCAAAAACA